CAAGAACCGCCAUUUGCAGAAAAAAUACGCCACUCUCUUUCUAAAACCCUACACUCUAAAUACUACAGUCAUUCCCUGGACCUUCAUAAUCCCUAAUCCGGAUCUCCUCCAACAAUGGCGGACUCCCUCACUUCUCUCUCUACCUCUGUCUCCACCUCCUCCACCAAGCUCCGCAUCCGGAUCUUCCGUCACGAUGUCGUCUCCCUUCUGGCCAACGCAGAGAUGACAGUCGAACUAGCAUCGACGUUAGUGGACACCAUUUUCCGGACUUUAUUCAUAUACGAUGAUCGCCGAUCGAGAAAGGCAGUCGAUGAUGUGAUUAUCAAGUCAUUAAAUGAGGUUAUCUUCAUGAAAAGUUUCGCCGGCGCGGUGGUUCAGGCAAUGGAGAAGCAAUUGAAAGUUCAAUCACAUGUUGGAUGUUAUAGGCUACUUAACUGGUCCGUUUUGUUGUUAACUAAAAGUCAAUUCAGUUCAGUUUCUAAAAAUGCAGUUUCUAGAGUAGCUUCUGCGCAGGCCGGAUUGGUUAAUCUUGUGAUGCAACGAUCAUUUCGGGAGCGAAGAGCCUGCAAAAGGAUAUUCUUUCACUUGUUUUCGCAGUCGCCCGAUAUUUAUAAGAUAUACAUCGAGGAACUAAAGAAUGGGCGGGUUGCAUAUAAAGAAAGUCCGGAGUUAAUUCGGUUACUACUUGAGUUUUCGAGUGCAUCAAGUUCUCGUUUUGAGCAAUGCAAGUCUAUAUUUAUGGAUAUAUACUCAAAAGCGGUUUUGAAUGCUAGAGAAAAGCCAGUAAAAGAGCUUAGUGAGUGUUUUCAUCCGCUGUUUAGACAUUUGUCACAUGAGGAUUUUCAGAAUGUAGUGUUACCGUCAUUGGUGAAAAUGUUGAAGCGGAACCCUGAGAUUGUGUUGGAAGCGGUUGGG